GUUCUUUCUUGGCUGUAGUGUUGAUAUCUUCCAGCUGCUGCUUGUUCUGCGGCUGAGGGUAUCAUCGCGAAAGGAUGGUGUGCGAAAAAUGUGAAAAGAAACUUGGUACUGUUAUCACUCCAGAUACAUGGAAAGAUGGUGCAAGGAAUACCACAGAAAGUGGUGGAAGAAAGCUGAACGAAAAUAAGGCUUUGACCUCAAAAAAAGCAAGGUUUGAUCCGUAUGGAAAGAAUAAGUUCUCCACUUGCAGAAUUUGUAAAAGUUCUGUACACCAACCGGGUUCUCAUUAUUGCCAGGGCUGUGCCUACAAAAAGGGCAUCUGCGCUAUGUGUGGAAAAAAGGUUUUGGAUACCAAAAACUACAAGCAAACGUCUGUUUAGAUGUAUUGACGUUUCGGGUUUUCCGUAUGAUUUUACUUUUUGCUUUGAAUUUUCAAGGCAUAAGUUAGAUGUUCAAGUUACAAGAUAACAUGUCUUAAGACAAAUAAACCAGGGAAGUAGACUGGUAUUCUUUCUUUUGCUGUCAAGAAGUUCAGCAGCAAUGUAACUAGUUUUCUGCCUUAAGCUUUUCUUUACAAACAUCUUAUUUAACUGGAGUAAGUAACAAAUCUAACAAAAAUAUUUUCCUAGUUCUGUAUGCACUUUUUAAUUUAUCAUUACUCAUAUAAUUUUUAUUCUUUUUCCCUCUGCAUUAUAGAUAUUGCAAAAGUAAGAAGGAAGUUAUUGAUGUAUGGCUUUGAAUUUGGCAUUCAGACUUGUGAUCCUUCCCUCAUUCCCUUUUGGUUGUGUAGUUUUAGGAUCAGCAGUUCCUUAAUUAAUCACAGCAUCAUAGGGCAUUCAAAUAUCUGAGCCCAUUAUUGUUAAAUAGUUCCUUAAAUAAAUUAGCCCAGACCCAAAUUAAACAAAAGUUGUUUUUAUGUUAUUUUUUAUUCAUUUGUGAAGCCAAAGUGUCAAUACCUUUCAUAUGAGAAUAGGAACUCAAGGGACAACCCACAUAUGUUCAAAAAAAUACAAAGAAUUUCAGAAAAACACAUAUCACCUUGAAUUCAGACCAUCAUGAAAGCCAGAACAUUGUGCAUCCAUAAUGAUGUAUAGUGAACGAAUCACCAUUCUUUGGGAAAAUGCUUUGAAGCAGACACCAAACAUUUUUUUAACCUCCUCUUCUAAAAAUAAAUACACAAAGCAAA